AUGUUUUGUGCAAUUAGUGGUAAACCACCUAGAGUUGCUGCUAUUUCUCCUAGUUCAAAAUGUGUCUUCGAGAAAAGUUUACUGGAACAAUACGUUAAAGAGCACGGUACAGAUCCAGUGUCCAAUGAACCUCUUACUAUAGACCAGAUUAUAACAGUAGCACAAUCUCCUUUACAACAUUCCUUUAGUGAUAGUCUCAAUUCCGCUACAUUGAAUAGUAAUUAUAGUAUCCCAAGUCUUUUAUCCACUUUACAAAAUGAAUGGGAUGCACUAAUGCUUGAGAAUUUUAGUCUAAGAAAACAACUAGAUCAAAUUACUAAAGAAUUUUCUGCUGCUUUGUUUGAAAGAGAUGCUGCAAAACUUGUAGCAGCUCGUCUAUUACAAGAAAAGAAUGUAGCCCUCGAUGAUAUUAAGACAGUAGUAUCUAAUUAUGUAGCUGCCAGUAAAGAUGAUGAUAGACACGAGAAUAAUACCUCAAUUAAAGAUUUAAAUUCAGAGUCAUUAAGUUCAAUGGUUAGUGAAUCCCGAGAUUUUGUGAAGGAAACAAAGAAACAUACCCCAAUGGAGCUAGUAUUACCGGAAGGCGAUAAAACUUUUACUGCUAACCCAUCUUCUGAAACGCUAGCAACCGGAAUGAUCUGUUUUCCAAGAAUAACGUAUAUCGAGGAUAAGAAAUAUAUUCCUAGAAUCCUUCAGAAUCCACCAAGUCUCUCCAUAAUUGAAGACUCACUUUCAAAUCAGAAAAAAUAUGAUAUUCCUGAUUCCUGGACCGUUGGAAAUGAAACAUUACCAGGGAUGUUAUGUUUAACAAAUGAUGAAAAUAUAGUAAUUGUUCUUACAAAUGAUAACAAAUUUACAGUGUAUGAUCUGGAGAAACAGAAGGUUUUGAAUAGUGCUGAUUUUGAAGUAAAAGAUGUAAUAUAUAUGUACUGUCAUGAAAGAGUAAUGAAGAAUCAUGUCCUUAUAGUAAAGAAGGAUGGUUCGGUAGUAUAUAUCAACUAUAAGAAUAAUUCCAAAUUUGAAGAUUCAAUUACCACUGUUCUUUCUGGAAACCCACAUAUAUCUUAUAAAUAUGCUCAGUUGCAUAAAGAUGGUUUACUUCUCGCCUUGGGGGAUGCUUUGACGGUUUCCUUAAUAAAUUUAUCAAGUCCAUUUGAUCAACCAAUACUUUUCAAAUGUAACCAAGAGAUUCCAACAGAAGGUGAUAUAACAAAGGUUUUCUUCCCAAGAAACGGUUAUUGGAUGAUGGUUCAAUCUCAAGCAGAAAUAUUUACAUUUGAUUUACGUAAGGAUGACCACUCGGUUAUGGCUACCCCUCCAAUCAAGUUUUCACACCAAGAUCUCUUGAAAUGGGAUAUUGAUCUUAGUGGGAAAAUUCUUGCCAUUUCUGAAUCUGAACAAUCUAAACAAACAAUCCAUUAUUAUUUUUACUUGAAGGCAAAAAAGCAAUGGACUCAUCAUUCUACACAUAAGGUGGAACAAUCUUCUGUGCCGGAACCAGAUAAAUUUGUUGUACUACGAAAAAACAAUGAGAAUAAUAAUAUUGUUCUUUACCAAACUUCAGAUGGAGUGAGUGAAACAGUGAGUAUGAAUGUUUAA